AUGGCUCAGAGAAUUUCUCGAGAGGCCGGUCUGGAUGCCUUUAUCCGAGCCAUAGAACAAGAUGGCUGUGUCAUCAUCAAGGACUUUACAGAUUCAGAAUCCCUGUGUGAGGCACAGAAGGAGGUUCAACCCUAUCUUGACGCCUCCAAAGCCGCAGCCGGAAGUACAGUGGGCGCCUUGAACGGCGGUACUGCGAUAUGCACACGUCUAAUCGGGAGGAGUCGGACAGUGAGGGAGAAAUUCUUCUCCGACUCUCUGUAUCAAGAUAUUGCGGAGCAUUUCAUUGGCCUCGAGACGACGUGCUGGUAUGGAAAUGAGCUGUCAGUCACCAAGUCCCAUCCAUUGCUCUCCAUCUCCAUCACUAUGGAUUCGCAGCCAGGAACAAGUGCACAAAAAUUGCACCGAGACGAUAAAAACCAUCACGCAAGGCAUGAAAAAGCCGACAAGUACUCCAAGGGUCGAGAUAUGCUGCUGGGUCUGUUUGUCCCCGCGUGCGACACAGUCAAAGCCAACGGAGCGACUCGCAUUGUCCCAGGCUCACACCUUUGGGGAGAUGGCAAGCCUGAUUUCGGACCGGACGGCGACACGGGGGUCGUCAAUGCUGAGCUCAAACGUGGAGAAGCUUUCGUCAUGCUAGGAAGUCUCUAUCAUGGCGCGGGAGAAUACACCCUGCCAACCGGCAGCAGAACUGUGCACAUCAUGUUCAUGUGCAGCGGCGUACAUCGUCAGGAAGAAAUUCCUUUUCUCAGCUACCCGAUCGAGGAGGUCAAGACCUACUCACAACUUGUUCGUGACCGGCUGGGUUGGAAGCAAUCUGAACCAAACCUGGGAUGGGUUGAUCUGAAGUCUCCUGAGUACCUUCUGGAAUAG